UUCAUCUUGUUUGCUAACAUAAUGCAGAGAAAGAGAUUACCCAUUUUCCAAAAGGUGUUCAAUUUGAAGAAAGUUUCAAUCUUGAUAGCCAAAGUGAGAAAACCCAUAAUCAGGAAGCUCGUUAUUCUGAAGAAAUGGAGGAAAUUGGAACUUGUUCGGCAUUACAGCUCCUAUGGCUAUGGAUACAUCCAAGAUCAAGAAUAUCAAUACUCACCCCCUUCAAGCACCCGAUCUCCUCUCAUUCAAUACGGGAGGAGACCCACAUUCAAGAAUAGAAAAUUAUUCAAUAAACUUCAUCAUUCCCUGUUGUAUUUCCUUAAUUGUGUGUGCAUGUUGGAGGAUGAGAAGAAAAUACAGAGUAGUGAGCUGAUGAGAAUUGAAAGCUUUGGUAAUUCAAUGGAAGAAACAAAAAUGGUGGAGUUUACAGAAAGUGAUGGGGGAGAAGACGAAGAAGAAGAAGAGGAAGAAGAAGAAGAUGACUGGUUGUCUGUUGAUGAAAGGGCUGAGAAGUUUAUCCAGAGCUUCUAUGAUGAAAUGAGGAGACAGAGGAAGGAAGCAUUUUUGCAGAUUACUGAAUGAAUUAUCCAACGGCCAUUCAGUUUUGCAGAUUAAUUUGAAUAUCUCCAUAAUAUUUUUUUUAGAAAUUUGUGGACAAUUAAGCUAUUUGUUUUUGUGAGUUUUUUUGUUUAUUCUUUCCUUACUCCCAAGGGGGGAAAGGGGGUAGAUUCUUGUUUAUUAUUUAUUCUAAUUUGUUGUUAAUCAGUUUGGCAUAAAUAAUAGUUCAGUGUGUCAUAUUUCA